UACAAUACAAGGAUUUUAUAUUGGAUACUGUAUAGUCUAAAAUUAUAAGAUGGCAUGUUGUGAAUUAACAAAACCUCUUUUACAAGAUGAUGACGAAUGUUUUGAGGAGAAUUAUUGUUUCAUGAACAACAUGCUUAACGAAGAUUCUUCUUCGGGAUACGAAUCUACGGACUCUGAAACAGAAGAUCAAAAAAGGUCUAACGAAUACAAUGUUCCUGUGAAUCGUCAAGAGAUUGGUCACGUGAGUGCACGAGUUAAAAGUACGCAUUCGCUAUGUGAGAGCCUUAAAUUGAUCAUGGAGAUCCCAGAACUGUGUGACGUAAUAUUUCUCUUAGGACCUAAGGAAAUCCCAGUCUAUGGCGUUCGUGCUAUUUUGGGAACACGGAGCAAGUAA